CGCUUUGAACGAAGACCCAGCCCCCCAUCUCCUGGAAUCCCCCCCGAUCACAGCUUUUUGGUGGGUAACUGUAUAAACAUCGGAAACCCUUAUUUUAAAUCUUAAGCAUUCAUUGAAUUCAAUCCAAACCUCCCCAAUCUUAACUCCCCUUCCCCUCAUUUACUCGAUUUCUGAAUACCAGGUAUAAAUCUAACGAAAGAGCCCUUAAUUUGAAGUCCCGGCCACCUCAAUCUCUUUCAGGGAACAGGCAGUAAAGAUUGUAUUAGAAGAAAAGAUUGGCUGGGGCUUCAUAUACUAUUUUUGGUAGUUGUGAGAUGGCAGAGAAGUCAUGUAUCAAGCGCCUCCAGAAGGAAUAUAGAGCACUCUGUAAAGAACCAGUUUCCCAUGUUGUGGCCCGUCCUUCCCCAAAUGACAUUCUUGAGUGGCAUUAUGUGCUGGAGGGAAGUGAAGGAACACCUUUUGCAGGUGGAUAUUACUACGGAAAGAUCAAGUUUCCACCAGAAUAUCCCUAUAAGCCACCAGGAAUUAGCAUGACCACUCCUAAUGGCCGUUUCAUGACCCAAAAGAAAAUAUGCUUGUCAAUGAGUGAUUUUCAUCCUGAAAGUUGGAAUCCAAUGUGGUCUGUGUCAAGCAUACUCACGGGGCUUCUUUCAUUCAUGAUGGACAACAGUCCUACCACUGGUAGUGUGAACACUACUGUUGCUGAGAAGCAACGUCUAGCAAAGGCUUCCCUUUCUUUUAAUUGUAAGAACCCCGCAUUUAGGAAAUUGUUUCCCGAGUACGUGGACAAGUACAACCAGCAGCAGCAGCAGCUUUCUGAGAAGCUUAUUGCUGAGCAGGUGUCACCAGAUCCAUCUCAAAAAAAUUCCACACCCAUGUUAGAGCGAGUUAUUAACUCUACAGGAGAAGAUGCGGUGGUUAAGGAUAGGAGAAUAAACAGGAAGCAGUCAUUCCCAACUUGGAUGAUGUUCUUGCUAGUUUCCAUCUUUGGCAUUGUAAUGGCACUGCCUCUGCUUCAACUUUGACAUCUAGUGUGACAAGUGAAAUAUUUAAGGGGUCAAGUGACAAAGGCUUUUGCGAGUCAAGGGAUGCAUUUUAAAUGCUUCUUAAGUUUGUCAAGUGUCUCACUUAAUGGUGUAUAGCGGUUGAUAGGCUCAGUUGGGUCACCUUGUUGAUGUUUUCUCGUUCUUAUAUGUCGACAGGUUGUGAGAUGAUCUUCAAACAUUGCAUGUUUGUCACGCUUUCUUAAUUUACAGUCUUGAGUUUUGUGUAAGAGUAGUUGGUGUUCAAACAUUACUUAAUCUAGCAAGUUUUGUGCUAGAGCUUA